CCCACACCGGGGUUAUUGGGAUAUCCCACCUCGGUCCCACCUGCUGUAGUUAUAUGUGUUGCAAAACACCUGGUACAGCGCAGCUUUUACUCUCUACCACGCAAAUCAGCUGAGAGCAGCGCCGCCGUAACAGCCUUACUACAACGAGGAUGAAGUCGUAUAUCCUGACAUUCUGUAUGCUGUCGAUCGCUUGCUAUUGCAGUGCUUCUAACGAGAGGACAACGAGAGUGAAGAGGCAGAACCCAGGAGAUGCCCUGAUUGAUGCUGUAUUCCAGGUGCCUAUUCAGACUCUGUCAGCAGUGGGUACGCUGGUAAAAACGAGCAGACCUAUCAUCAUGUCAGUGAGGCAGCGGAUACAGCAGAAUUUGUCCUUUCAGCCACAAAGAUUCUCUCUCUCCCCACCUCAGCGACCUAGAGUGCCACAACCACAAGCUACCAACCGUGUUUCCACCGCCAACUUCAACCGCCUCCCCAACCAACAGCGCUACCUUGCCAGCAACAAGCUCUUCAGGAAUGGCAAGAUCGUUUGACAUACAGAAAAUUAUUUUUCUCUUUAAUGUAGUUAUUGUUUGUUAUCAAUAAAAUAUGUUUUUAUUAAACACAA